AUUAUUUGUUAAAGAUUCUCCGAAUAGGAGGAAUCAUUAAUUAUUAACCAAAAUAAUACAAUACCUGUCCGUGAUUGGGAGGAGCCGCGUGACAACGGAGACCCGAAGUCAAUUAUGACUUUGUUGCCAACUCCCAAAAAAACUCAAAUCUUUUUAUAAUCCACCAAAAAAGAAGCACCAAAACUUGCUUCUUUUUAAAGAAUUAUGAUUACCCAGUUAUCCAGAACUUAAAGAUCUUCUUUUUUGUUCUUUUUUGGGAACUUAAUCACAUAAAUUGAAAUUCUUGAAGAUGGGUCUUCUUGAAAUUGCGACUCCGAUGGACUGGGAGCACGAAUCCUACGCUCAAUAUGGAGACUUCGUCGCGCUUCCCUUUUUUGCUGUUUUUUUCCCAAUUUUGAGAUUUUUGCUGGACAGAUUUGUAUUUGAGAGGGUGGGGAGACGAUUGAUAUUUGGAAAGGGAAUGGAAGUGGUAGAAAAUGAAACUGAGGAGCGAAAAAAGAAGAUACGGAAGUUCAAGGAGUCAGCAUGGAAAUGUGUAUAUUUUCUUUCAGCUGAGAUCUUGGCACUUUCUGUGACCUACAACGAGCCUUGGUUCACAAAGACAAAAUACUUCUGGGAAGGGCCCGGAGAUCAGUCCUGGCCCGACCAAAAAUAUAAGUUGAAAUUGAAAGGCCUAUAUAUGUAUACAGGAGGGUUCUAUGUGUACUCGAUUUUUGCUCUGAUAUUUUGGGAGAUGCGGCGCUCUGAUUUUUGGGUUUCUAUGGGUCACCACUUCGUAUCAUCCACUCUCAUCAUAUUAUCCUAUGUAUUGAGGUUUGCACGAGUUGGUUCAAUGGUUUUAGCUCUUCAUGAUGCCACUGAUGUUUUUUUGGAAAUAGGGAAGAUGUCCAAAUACAGUGGUGCAGAAGCACUGGCAAGCUGCUCGUUUGUUAUGUUUGUCCUUUUUUGGAUCAUUCUUCGUCUCAUUUACUUCCCGUUCUGGAUUCUGUGGAGCACAAGUUAUGAACUUAUCGAGUACCUAAAUAAGGAGAAUUUCAAAGUGGAGGGGCCAAUCUAUUACUACAUCUUCAAUACUCUUCUUUUCUUCCUGCUUGUUCUUCAUGUCUACUGGUGGGUACUGAUGUACCGGAUGCUCGUCGCUCAAAUCAAAGCAGGCGGUGCAGUCAGUGAUGAUGUUCGAUCUGAUUCGGAGGAUGAAGAGCCACACGAGGACUGAUCUUGCAAAAGCAGAGAUUCUGAUCCUUCAUCCUUAUGCAGGUAGGCAGUCUGCUUUCUUGUAGCUCAUCUGCUAAACUCUGACAUGAUCUGCUGAAAAACGGAUUGUUGUUCGUGUCUGUAGAUUCAAGAAUCCGGUGGGAUAUGCACCGGUGAUGCUUCAACUUAGCUGCUGAAGAGUGCAAAUGGCGGCGGCAGCAGCAGCAGCCGCCUGCAUAAAAUGAAGACUAGUUCUAGUUGAAAGAGGAGGCUGAUUGAGAAGUAGAUGAGAAUUUUUUAUUGUGCAUUUGGAAUUUGUGUUUUUCUUUAUAUAUACAGUGUUCAUCAUAUACUUCCACACUUUGUAAUGCACCAUCAUUUCAGUGUUUAUAUGAUAAUUGGAUGGUUUUACGUAUAAA